AUGAGCUGCAGCAUCAAGAGAACGUCUAGUACUUCUUACAGAAGUGGUGGAGGUGCAGGCCUCUGCGGUGGCGGUAGCAGCAGGAGCUCCUCUGUCUCCGCCAGGCGAUAUGCCUCCUCUGUGAUAGGCGGUGGAAGCUACGGUGGGGGAGCAUGCAGCAUUAGCUAUGGAGGGCCCGUGUGUGCUGGCAGCCUUGCCGGUGGCUUUGGUGGUGGCCUGGGAGCAGGCUUUGGUGCUGGCCUGGGAGCAGGCUUUGGUGCUGGGGGGGAUGUCAUUCUGAGCGGCAAUGAGAAGGUCACCAUGCAGAACCUGAACGAACGCCUGGCUUCUUACCUGGACAAGGUGCGAAGACUGGAGGAAGAAAAUGCUCAGCUCGAGCACUACAUUCGGGAGUGGUACAGGAAACAAGCUCCCAGCGUUUCAAAGGACUACACCUCCUACUACCAGACCAUUGAACAACUCCAGAAUCAGAUCAUUUCUGCCACUGUGGACAACAACAAACUGCUGCUGGACAUCGACAACAGCAAGAUGACCGCUGAUGACUUCCGAAUGAAGUAUGAGAAUGAACUGGUCAUUCGUCAAAGUGUGGAGGCUGACAUUAAUGGCUUGAGAAAUCUCCUGGAUGACCUGACUCUAGUUAGGUCUUCUCUGGAAUCCGAGCUAGAGUCCCUGAAGGAUGAGCUGAUGGCUCUUAAGAGAAACCACGAGGAGGAGAUGAGGCAGCUGCAGUCCCAAACCGGUGGCGACGUGAGCGUGGAGGUCAACGCUGCUCCUGGCGAAGAUCUGACAAAGACGCUAAAUGACCUGAGAAACGAAUACGAGCAGAUCAUUGAGAGGAACCGCAGAGAGGUGGAACAGUGGUAUGAAGUCAAGAUUGAAGAAGUCAAUCAGCAGGUCACCUCCAGCAGUCAGGACAUCCAGACAAGCAGCCACCAGCUCACCGAACUGAGACGCGAAAUGCAGAACCUGGAGAUCGAACUGCAGGCACAGCUCAGCACGAAAAACUCUCUGGAGAACUCCUUGGCAGAAACUGAAUCUCGCUACGGCUGCCUGCUGCAACAAAUCCAAGGCCAGAUUAACUCUGUAGAGGAGGAGCUGGCCAGCAUCCGGUGUGAGAUGGAGAGUCAGAACCAAGAGUACAAGAUGCUCCUGGGCAUCAAGACCCGCCUGGAACAGGAGAUUGCUCAGUACCGGGCACUGCUGCAGGAGGGACAGCAAGACAUUGUUGCCUCUCAAGGAACUCUCCAAGGAGGUGGAAGGUCCUCCCACUCAUAUUCUUCUGCUUCCUACUCUCAAUCCCAGUCUGGUGACGUGAUAGAUCGCUGUAGACAGUGA